AUGGCGCCGAGAGAGAAUGAGCCCGCCGAUGCUCUGGCUAAGGGUAUUAUUCCCACCGCAAAACAAUCCCUCAAGGAUUUGUUCAUUUGGCGUCAACGUGUGGUCCUUUCCAACGAGUACGGAGAGACUCGUUGUGAAUGGAGGGACCCCGACCGCUUCGUGAAUCCCAUUAGUCUUAUGGCUCAACUAUCCGCAAAGAACUGGCUCUUCUUCCUGGUUGGAUUUUUGUCUUGGACGGCCGACGCAUUCGACUUCCACGCCCUGUCAAUUCAGACCAAGAAGCUAGCGGUUUACUAUGGCCGUAGCAAGACUGACAUUACCACCGCCAUCACAUUGACGCUGCUCCUUCGGUCGAUUGGUGCAGCCUUCUUCGGUCUUGCAGGCGAUAAAUGGGGGCGCAAGUGGCCCAUGGUGGUGAACAUGCUUGUUCUCGGUCUUUUGCAAAUUGCCACAAUUUACAGCCAGACUUUUCAGCAGUUCCUAGCUGUCCGAAGUUUAUUUGGUCUCUUCAUGGGUGGUGUCUAUGGAAAUGCCAUUGCCAUGGCCCUCGAACAAUGCCCAUCUAAUGCUCGUGGCUUGAUGUCUGGCAUCUUGCAGCAGGGCUAUUCGUUCGGCUAUGUCUUGGCCGCGUGCGCCAACCUUGGCGUUGGCGGGGGGACAGAUACUUGGAAGAUUGUCUUCUGGAUCGCUGCCGGGUUUUCCAUUGCCGUCGGCCUCGUCCGUAUUCUGUUUCCUGAGUCGCAGCAGUUCUUGGAAGCCAAGAAGAAUGGUAAGAAGGCAGCCAGCCCUGGUGCAUUCUGGCAUGACACCGUCAAGAUGCUCAAGCAAGAGUGGAAGAUGUGUGUAUACUGUAUCAUUCUGAUGACGUGGUUCAACUACUAUUCCCACACUUCGCAAGAUUCAUACACCACCUUCAUGCUCACUCAGAAAGGAUUGGACAAUGCUGGGGCCUCGAGAGCCUCGAUUCUGAUGAAAGCUGGUGCGUGUGUCGGCGGUACUAUCUUGGGGUACAUGUCGCAAUUCAUCGGCCGUCGUCGAACCAUCAUCAGUUCGUGCCUGAUGUCGGCUGUUUUGAUCCCAGCUUGGAUUUUGCCCACUGGGGAACGUGCACUGAGCGCGACUGGUUUCUUCAUGCAAUUCUUCGUCCAGGGAGCUUGGGGUGUGAUUCCCAUUCACUUGAACGAGCUUUCUCCUGUGGCCUUCCGAUCGACUUUCCCCGGCGUCACAUAUCAGCUUGGCAACAUGAUCUCUUCGCCUUCGGCACAGAUUGUGAAUGCCAUUGCCGAGAAGAUGUUUGUGACCACACCUGAUGGUCGCAGGGCCGAAGCUUAUGGACCAGUCAUGGGCAUCGCGACUGCCAUUAUUGCCCUUGGCAUCGUCUUCACCACCAUGUUUGGUCCUGAGCGUCGUGGGCGCGAUUUCGAAAAUAAGGUUGCUGGCAUGACUAGCGAGGAGUCGUCUACCAAGGUUAUGGAAAGUGAGGACGAGGAGAAGGGUCGAGUUGAACUUGAGGAGAGAAGGUAA